AAGAAGAGAAUCAUCAUUCAUUUCAUCUCAUUGUGCACCAGCACCACCAACCCAACCCAGAGACCGGCCAUCUUGCUUCGUUCCAUGGCGUCUCUGCUUCUCAAGGGCGUGCACAAGCGGCUGGGCCUGCCCACCAUCUCCAUCUCCUGCACCUCCGCCGACGCCACCAACAUCAUCGCCUCCACUGGCACCGGCGCCGUCGUCGGCAGCAGCGGCCGGGCCAUCGACCGCCACUCGCCGCGCCUCCGCGACCCGCACCGCUCCUCCGCCUCCAAGCCGCCCAGGCCAAGCACCAGUAGCACCACCAAAGACUCGGCGUCCUCCGACGACCCCAAGCAGCAGCAGCAGCACGGCCACGGCAGCAAGAAGAAGAAGAAGAGCACCACCGCUGCUGCUGCCGGUAUCAGUGGCAGUAGAUCUUCAGAGAAGAGGCUGGUGAGCCCGGCCACCUCCUCCAGGUUCCUCCUCAACUCCUCCCGCCUGCAGUCCGACGACCUCGACGUCCUCGCGCUGCCGCCGCCUCCGCCGCCGUCCUUCAUCGACGCGUUCCCUGGUGGCGAAGGGAAGCCGAACCCGCCGUCCUUCAUCGACGCGUUCCCGGUCGACGGCUCCCUGCCGGUUCCCUUUGUCAAGGAGGCGCCGCCGUCGACUGGGCACCAAGCAGAGUCUUCGUCGUCGGGGACGUCCUCCUCUGCUUCGUCGUCGUCGGAGAUCACGGCCGUCCAAGAAGAGGAGCAGCACAAGCCGGCGGCGCUGGCGCGGUCGUCCUCGACGACGGCGGCGGCGAGGACGACGCAGGUGGUUGUGCUUCGGGUGUCGCUGCACUGCAAGGGGUGCGCGGGCAAGGUGAAGAAGCACCUCGCCAAGAUGGAGGGCGUGACGUCGUUCGACAUCGACAUCCCGAGCAAGAAGGUGACGGUGGUCGGCGACGUGACGCCGCUGGGGGUGCUCACCAGCGUCUCCAAGGUCAAGCCCGCCCAGUUCUGGCCGUCGACGCCGUGCCCCCCGCGGGCCUCAGCUUCCUUCUGAACGCGCCAACCAGUGGUCGUCCAUGGCGGAUCACUUGAUCGAAGUACGUAGUAGAACCACGAGCGAGAUGGACGGCUGCCAAUAGCUCCAUAUUUUCUUCCUUUUUUUUUCCUUGAAAAGAAACGGCAUUGAAGCUCCUUGUCUUGGCAUGCAUGUGCACCCAUAUGCUUGUACUCUGAAUUGAGAUAUAUUACUGGAGUACCACAGUUCCUAGUACUA